AUGGUUUGCAGAGCCAUAGCUCUCCCACGUGACAGAAACUUCUUCCUGGGCUUAAUCAAGCUGGCGAAUACGCUCUCACACCUCAAUCAAACGCACGCCCAAAUCAUCCAUAACAACCUCGUCAACGACACCCAAACCAUUACAAAGCUCAUCCAGAAGCUCCUGCACCUCAGAGCCAACGAUCAGGCCAAGCUCCUAUUUUCCGGCAUCAACUCACCCGAUCUAGUUCUCUACAAUGUGCUCAUCAAAGGAUUUAGAAGCAACCCUUUCGAUUCUUUGUCUGUCUACGAGGAUCUACUCUGGAAAACGAAUUUCAGACCGGACAAUUUCACAUAUAUUUCUUUUUUCGGCCUUUUCUGGUUAUCCGACUCCCUUAUCCGAGAAAAUCGGGGUUUUGCUUCAUGGGCACUCUGUAGUUUCCGGUUUCGGGUGUUUGAUGGAAUACCCGAGCCAGAUACUGUUCUUUGGAACACAAUCCUUUCUGGGCUGGCGAAAAAUUGCUGCUACCAUGAGUCACUUAGGGUUUUCCAUGAUAUGGUCGGGAGGACGACACAGUUUGACUCGACUACAUUGGCUGUGGUGCUUUCAGCUUUAGCCAAGUUGCAGGAGAUUAAAACCGGGAUGACUGUCCAGGCUUUGGCUGUGAAGGUCGGGUGUCAUUAUCACGACCAUGUGCUCACUUGUUUGGUCUGUCUGUAUUCAAAAUGUGGAGAUAUUUUUACUGCUCGGUUGUUGUUCAGUUUGAUUAGGAACCCGGAUUUGGUCGCGUAUAAUGCAAAGAUUUCUGGGUUUUCUGCUAAUAACGAAUAUGCGAUGUUCCUCGAACUAUUUCAAGAAUUACUUUUGUCAGGACGCAAACUAAUCUCAAGCACAAUUGUCGGUUUAAUUCCCGUGUUUUAUCCAUUCGGUCAUUUGGAUUUCACUCAUUCGAUCCAUAGCUUUUGUUUGAAAUCUGGGUUUCUUCUCAAUCCCUCUGUUUCAACUGCAUUGACAACCGUUUAUAGUCGGCUUAACGAGCUCGACCUUGCUAGAGACAUAUUUGACGAGUCAUCAGAAAAAACUUUGGCUUCAUGGAAUGCCAUGAUAUCCGGUUACACUCAGAAUGGCCAGACUGCAAUGGCUCUAUCUCUGUUUCACAAAAUGCAGAAGCUCGAUAUUCAGCCAAAUCCCGUCACAAUCACGAGCAUCUUGUCAGCAUGUGCCCAGUUUGGCGCCUUAGCUCUCGGAAAAUGGGUGCAUGAGUUAAUUAAAAAACAGAGCGAACCGAAUAUCUACGUGUCAACUGCUUUAAUCGACAUGUACAUGAAAUGUGGCAGCAUAAACGAGGCCGAAAGUUUAUUUCACAUUAUGGAGGAAAAAAAUAUCGUGACUUGGAAUGCUAUGAUUUCUGGGUACGGCCUUCAUGGCCAUGGCCGUGAAGCACUAAAGCUAUAUAAUGAGAUGCCAUUCUGGGGUCAAAGAAUUUUCGGUACAAUGGUUUACGAUCAUGGUUUCGAGCCAAGCUCAGAGCACUACACGUGCAUGGUGGACAUUUUUGGCAGGGCAGGAAAAUUAGAAGAUGCUCUAAAAUUUAUAAACGAGAUGCCCAUAAAACCGGGUCCUGCUGAGUGGGGCGCGUUGUUGGGCGCUUGCAUGACUCACAAAAACGCUAGCUUGGCACAGCUGGCAUCUGAUCGGUUGUUCGAACUCGAUCCUGAAAACGUUGGCUAUCGUGUUCUGCUUUCAAAUAUAUAUUGCACGAACAACAAUUAUUCUCAUGCAGCUUUACUAAGACAAGUGGUGAAGAAAAAGAAUCUUGGCAAGACUCCUGGCUGCACUCUGAUCGAGAUCAAUGGAUUACAACACGUUUUUACGUCGGGUGAUAAAUCGCAUCCCGAUUCUGUAGUUAUUUACAAUAUGCUCGAGAAAUUAAUGGGGAAGAUGAAAGAUGCCGGUUAUCUUGCGGAGACUGUUACGCCGCUGCAUGACGUGGAGGAAGAAGAGAAGGAGCUGAUGGUGAGUGUUCAUAGUGAGAUAUUGGCUAUUGCUUUUGGGAUUAUGAUGUCUGAAGAAGGUGAGGAGAUAAGGAUCAUCAAGAAUUUGAGGACUGCCAUAAUUUUCACUAAGUUUAUAUGUAGGAUUACUGAGAGGACUAUAAUUGUGAGGGAUGCUAUCAUGCUAAUAGUUUCCCGCGGGAAAUGGCAUAAACUUGACUUCACCAGUAAAGCGUCUAAUUUCAAUGUUUUACAUUCUUCAAUGGUUGGCAGAGCCAUAGCUCUCCCACGAGACAGAAACUUCUUCCUGGGCUUAAUCAAGCAGGCGAUUACGCUCUCACACCUCAAUCAAACGCACGCCCAAAUCAUCCAUAACAACCUCGUCAACGACACCCAAACCAUUACAAAGCUCAUCCAGAAGCUCCUGCACCUCAGAGCCAACGAUCAGGCCAAGCUCCUAUUUUCCGGCAUCAACUCACCCGAUCUAUUUCUCUACAAUGUGCUCAUCAAAGGCUUUAGAAGCAACCCUUUCGAUUCUUUGUCUGUCUACGAGGAUCUACUCUGGAAAACGAAUUUCAGACCGGACAAUUUCACAUAUUCAUUUCUUUUUUCGGCCUUUUCUGGUUAUCCGACUCCCUUAUCCGAGAAAAUCGGGGUUUUGCUUCAUGGGCACUCUGUAGUUUCCGCUUUAGCCGAGUUGCAGGAGAUUAAAACCGGGAUGACUGUCCAGGCUUUGGCUGUGAAGGUCGGGUGUCAUUAUCACGGCCAUGUGCUCACUUGUUUGGUCUGUCUGUAUUCAAAAUGUGGAGAUAUUUUUACUGCUCGGUUGUUGUUCAGUUUGAUUAGGAACCCGGAUUUGGUCGCGUAUAAUGCAAUGAUUUCUGGGUUUUCUGCUAAUAACGAAUAUGCGAUGUCCCUCGAACUAUUUCGAGAAUUACUUUCGUCAGGACGCAAACUAAGCUCAAGCACAAUGGUCGGUUUAAUUCCCGUGUUUUAUCCAUUCGGUCAUUUGGAUUUCACUCAGUCGAUCCAUAGCUUUUGUUUGAAAUCUGGGUUUCUUCUUAACCCCUCUGUUUCAACUGCAUUGACAACCGUCUAUAGUCGGCUUAACGAGCUGGACCUCGCUAGAGAGAUAUUUGACGAGUCAUCAGAAAAAACUUUGGCUUCAUGGAAUGCCAUGAUAUCCGGUUACACUCAGAAUGGCCAGACUGCAAUGGCUCUAUCUCUCUUUCACAAAAUGCAGAAGCUCGAUAUUCAACCAAAUCCCGUCACAAUCACGAGUAUCUUGUCAGCAUGUGCCCAGUUUGGCGCCUUAGGUCUCGGAAAAUGGGUGCACGAGUUAAUUAAAAAACAGAGCUACGAACCGAAUAUCUACGUGUCAACUGCUUUAAUCGACAUGUACAUGAAAUGUGGCAGCAUAAACGAGGCCGAAAGUUUAUUUCACAUUAUGGAGGAAAAAAACAUCGUGACUUGGAAUGCUAUGAUUUCUGGGUACGGCCUUCAUGGCCAUGGCCGUGAGGCACUAAAGCUAUAUAAUGAGAUGCUGCUUUCUGGGGUUAACCCAACUAGAGUUACUUUUCUCUCGAUUCUAUAUGCUUGCAGCCAUGCUGGGAUGGUGGCCGAAGGUCAAAGAAUUUUCGAUGCUAUGGUUUACGAUCAUGGGUUCGAGCCAAGCUCAGAGCACUACACGUGCAUGGUGGACAUUUUUGGCAGGGCAGGAAAAUUAGAAGAUGCUCUAAAAUUUAUAAACGAGAUGCCCAAAAAACCGGGCCCUGCUGAGUGGGGCGCGUUGUUGGGCGCUUGCAUGACUCACAAAAAUGCCAGCUUGGCACAGCUGGCAUCUGAUCAGUUGUUCGAACUCGAUCCUGAAAACGUUGGUUAUCGUGUCUUGCUCUCGAAUAUUUAUUCCACGAACAAUAAUUAUUCUCACGCAGCUUUACUUAGACAAGUGGUGAAGAAAAAGAAUCUUGGCAAGACUCCUGGCUGCACUCUGAUCGAGAUCAAUGGACUUCAACAUGUCUUUACGUCGGGUGAUAAAUCGCAUCCCGACUCUGUAGCUAUUUACAAUAUGCUUGAAAAAUUAAUGGGGAAGAUGAAAGAUGCCGGUUAUCUUGCGGAGACUGUUACGUCACUGCAUGAUGUGGAGGAAGAAGAGAAGGAGCUGAUGAUGAGUGUUCAUAGUGAGAAAUUGGCUAUUGCUUUUGGGAUUAUGAUGUCUGAAGAAGGUGAAGAGAUAAGGAUCAUUAAGAACUUGAGGGUGUGUUUAGACUGCCACAAUUUCACUAAGUUUAUGUGUAGGAUUACUGAGAGGACUAUAAUUGUGAGGGAUGCUAAUAGGUUUCAUCAUUUUGAAAAU